AUGGUCACCUGGGGUGCACCAUCACGACGAGGCCUGGCCCUCCUGGCCGCCUCUCUAGCCCUCACCCAAGCAGCCAUCUUCCCCCGGCAGAGCAGCGAGGCCCCGCGCGCCUGGGUCACCGUCGAAGCCGAUGGCGCCACCAAGACCAUCACACCCACCGUCAACGACGGCAAGACAACCUCAGCGUUCCCGGGGAACACCGCCCUCCCGACGGCCGAGGCACAGGGCGGCGGCGCCUUCGUCCUCUGCAACCCCGCCGCCGGCUCAGGGGGCCUCGCGCAGCCGUUCUGCGCGCCGGCAAAGGACAAUCAGGUGGAGGGUGGCAAGACGUACUUUGCUCCAACACCAGCUCGAGCAGCAGCAGCAGCCCUGUCCCCCCAUGCAUCGACUGCAACUCGUGGGACGGCCGCUAAUCGUGUACCAGUCACCUGGGACGCCUCGCUCUUCCCCUCCUCCAACACCGUCGUCCAGGUCCAGGGCGACUACGGCGUGACGAGCACCAUCAAGGAGCCCGGGCACGGCUUCUCGUCGCUCGAGAUCCCGGCGGCGGCGGGCUUCUUCGAGUGGGCCGUGCUGGGCUACGACAUGCCCGCCGGCGAGGCGAUGGAUGUGCAGCUGUUCCUGGCGGUGCCCGCGGCCAACGGCAGCAUCGUCGCGCGCAACGCGGGGCCCAAGGUGCGCGUCGUCAGCAACAACCGGACCUCGGUCAACGACCCGGUGCGCCGCAAGGUCAACGUGCUGGGGAUCGUGCUGCCCAUCGUGUUUGGCGUGCUGUCGCUUGGUGGGAUUGGCUGGUUCGUGUGGUGGUACGGCAGGAGGAAGGGCAUGUUCGCGUCACGCAGCCAGGGCUAUGGUAUCGGGAAGAGUCGCGGGCAGAGGACGGACGGGUUGAGGCUUGCGGACGGCACUUUCACGUCGGCGAACCGCGGCGGGGUGGAGAUGAUGCCGCCGCCGAGACCGCCUCCGCCGAGCACCGGUAAUGCCUUCCGCGAUGAGCUGAACAGACAGGAGCGGAAUAAUGAGGCACGCAGCGACAUGAUGUAA